GGAUGUGGAAGAAAUGAGUCCUACUCUUUCCCAGGUGGAAUUAGGGUUUGAGAUCAUGUGUCCUGUGUGCUUGGUGCUAUUCAUGUGGCAGUAGGGUGACGUGUGUAUGUCAAAUCAUUGCCUGUCGUAAAACAUCAAUAGUAUCAAAAGCUUGCUUACUUGGCAGUCUCCAAGAACACUUAGAUCAAUCUCCACAGUCAGGCAAAAGCUCAAUUUUUGUACCUCAUGGAGUUUAGAUGCUAUCAAAACAGUUGUUUCUGCAAGUGCCCAGCUGGUAAAAACAUUUGGUUCCAUAAGAUUUGGUAGGAGAAAAAUGAAUGUUUUUAGCAUCUAAAGCUUGGACAUGUAGGUCCCAAAGUGUUGGUUAUAAGAAAAUUCAUUUAAUGAAUUUGGGUCUGUGUGGCUGGCUAAAAGAUGUCUAUGACUUGGCAUGUAGAAGGACUUUGGGCUCACAGACCUACCACCAUACAGACUUGUAUGGUUUGACUCCUCUCACAGUUUGAAAAUUUUCUUGAAAAUGUUCAGAGUGGGGGAAUUUUUAAAAAUGACAAGAAAUCUAAGAAGGGUGUUUGACAGAUGUGGUUCUGGAGAAAUGUAAGAACAAAACCAGAGUUAAAAAAGGAGAUUAAAUAUUGUGAAACUUAGAGGAUGAGGACUUGUUUCUGCGAGGAAGAUUUUCUAUUCAGGGGUGCUGAGUGUAACUACUCUUAAGUUCCGUGACCUAUUUAUAGUUUUUGUCUUAGCAUUUAGAAUUAGUCAGAUUAUGUUCUCCUCUGCUGAGGGCUCCUGUUCAUCCAAUGCUGUGCUUUAUCUGCAGGAGCAUGGCUCAAUUCAUAUGUGCAGUUAUCUCAUCCAAAGAGAGUAAAAUUAUACAACACAGUUUUAUGUCCCCCUUAUUAUAUUUAUACCCUUAUACACAAUUUUCACAAUCCAGGUCUUAAUUUGAGACACAGUUUCAACCCUGGCUAUGAACAAAGCAAACUUUGAGAACAUAGUUAUUUAACAGAGCCCCAUUUUAUAGUGGGGACAGUUCUGCACCCCCUCAUGAAGACAAAGGCAAUGUCAAACUAAUCUAAAUAAAGUAAUGGAUUUUAUAACACAGAUGGAUAUUUGAGACCAUUGAAGUGAAAGCACCACUACACAUGAAGUUUAGCCACCGUCUUAAGCAUAAAUGCUGAAGGUGUCAGCACAGGAUGUUGAAAGAUGCAUUGAAUUGUCCAUUUUUAUAGGGUGAACAAAAGGGGGUUUAUGCACCACAAAAUCCUUCCUUUAUGCAACCCUUCAUACCAAACAGAGUUGUGAAAAGGCUGUGGCCACAUCUCAUUGUUUUAUGACUGAUGGUAAUUACAGAAAGGUACUGCAGCAAUUCCACUUACAUCAAAUCCUUUUAUUUUGGAAAAAAAACAGUCACCAUGCUGUAAACUAGCCCAGGUUGUGGUUUGGUACACUUUUUGCACUCUGUUUUUUAUCCACUCCAGCUGUCAGAUGGAGACAGGAAAAAUCAAAACAUUUGUACAGUAUUUCUUCUUAAGGGAGCCCCUUAGGUGGUUGAGAUCUGGAUUCACCUCCUGUCUCCAGGGCUGGAGCAUCUCUGCCAGUUGGCUGAUGGAUCAGAACUCUGAGGCAAUUAUUUGGGAGCAGACUGGUGCUGCACUCAUACAGUGAUUCUGGCAUGCAUGCAAUGGUUUUACCAUGUGAUUGUAGAAAAAUUCAGUGGAUUAGCAAGUGAAGUAUGAUCAGAUGAAGCAAGUUUGUCUUCCACACAGCUGGAUGCACAGAGCAUUUGCUUUCCUAUAAAGCUGUUUCUCAUUCUUUCAGUAGAUUUUCACACUUCUAACAUCCAGUAAGCACUGCUACUCUUAGAUCUGUUAGCCCUCCAACUUAUUGAGUGUAUUGAGAAACUCUGGUGGUAUGGAGCAAUGAGAAUAUUCCCUCUUAAACAUUUGCCACAACAAAAAUUUUCCUGGUCUUCGCUUUCUAUCCUCUCCUGCCUGUUUUCUGACCCAUGACAAAACUCCUUCACAACAUGCCCAGCAGCUUUUUCAGAAGUCCCUCAUGCAACUUUUUGUUAGGCUUUUGGAAACUUCAUUCAAAGUAAGUAAAUUGGUUCUUGUUUAUUAUUUUCAAAUGUAUAGGCACUGUUUGAAUGAUUCCAGGUGAGUGUUUAAUUUUCCAUGCAAUGCAAGGGAUACAAGCAUGUCACUGAGAGACAAACAGUCAGAAAUGGCCAGGAGCCUCUGGUGCUGUUAUUUUUGAAAGGAAAUUUGGACAAUCACAGCCAGUUAACGAGGUAGAGAGCUCUUAAGCUUCCCAUUGGUUCCAAUGCAACUUGUGGGGGCUCAGCACCCCUAAAGCAUCUCAGUCUUGGUAUCUCAAGCUGGAUGUUGAUGCUUAGAGGCUGAUUUCAUUAUUAUCUAUUAUAUCAACUGUACUUCUGUUUCUCAAUCUGUUACACAGAGAUGUAUGAUAAUAAUUUCAGGUACCUUAGAAAUAAAGGGUUUUCUUAUAUGGGGACACUCAACAGAAAUUCAAAGUAGUUGUUUAAUGUCUGUGUUUGUGUUUAAAUUCAGUGCUCAUCUUUGGAUCUACUAUAAUCUCUGCUGCAUCUGAUUGCUUACAUUUCACAUCCCAUAAAUGUUCUGCUUGACCUACUAAGGCUCUGCCUGUGGCCAAUUUGCAAAACACCUGAAAAAGUAUUUUAUUUCCUUCCUCUUCAGUCAUAACUGGAGAUCUGCAAGUUAUGCUUUUCCUGAAGAAAUAUUUCAUAUCAUAAACUGUUCCCUUAAGCAUGGAGGUCAGUUUAAAAAAGGGCCAGUGUUUGCAGACAAGCCAUUUGUUUUACUUUGAAUGUUUAAUUUGUUUAUUCCUGUUUUCAAAUAAUCCCCAAGCAAUAUAGUUCCUGUAGCUGUGAUCGUCAUGAAUUUGAGUUAUUCACCUCCCAGAGGGUCAGACCUUUCAUCAGUAUGCCAUUGGCACAGAGCAGCGAGUGUUGCAUAUUCAUUGUCCAGGACACCAGCUAGAGGGCCUCCAAAAAAGACUGACUUUUUUUUUGUUCUCAGAACAAGGAAAACAAUCCCUUCCCUUCUCCAGUCCCUUGAUAAGGGUUUCUGUCCAAUAACGGUGCUCUCUGCUCUGAGGCACAUUUAACUGUGAAGUUUGCAGCGGGAGAGGCUUUCCUUCAAGCUGUUAGUGUUUUAUCCUGGCAGGCUCCUCGAGGUUGUUGUGAGGAGUCUAGCCAGUUGGUGAGCUUUGUAAUCUAAACCAGCUGUCCCAGGCUGAGGCCCCCAUUUGCAUUGUUUAACAUACUUAGAAAAUGAAGUGUUCAUUUUUAACAUUCCUCCUCCAAUUGGUUUAAUGCUGAAUUACAGAAGAGAACUAAGCAAAACCAGGUGCUUUCUCUGUAUUCUCUCCAGUGUCUGAGGAGGUACAGACGGCUCCCGAUCUUCUCCAUUACUUGCCAUUUCAUUCUUUGGACUAUAAAUGACAGAGGAACUGAAGUGCUAGCAGAGGGUAAUGCUUGGAAAACUUUCUAGUUAUUCAUCAGCACAGACUCUGUUUUUUUUCCACCUUUCCCCAACGGUUUUGGACAUGCAAGGAUUAAGAAGGAUACUGACUGCUUUCACACUGGCUGUCUGCCUUUCAAGCCCUGGAAAAGCACAGCAGCAAUGCACUAAUGGGUUUGACCUGGACCGUGCCUCUGGGCAAUGCUUAGAUAUUGAUGAAUGUCGGACUAUUCCUGAGGCCUGCAGAGGAGACAUGGUGUGUGUCAACCAGAAUGGUGGCUAUUUAUGUGUCCCCCGAACAAACCCAGUGUAUCGAUCACCGUAUCUGAGUCCUUAUUCCAAUGUUUAUCCACCGCCCCCAGCGCCAGGCCCUGUUCCUAACUACCCUACUGUUACAAGACCCCUGAUUUGCCGAUUCGGUUUCCAGCUGGAUGAAAACAAUCAGUGUGCUGAUGUGGAUGAAUGUGCUUCAGAUUCUCACCAGUGUAACCCCACCCAGAUCUGCAUAAAUACUGAGGGGGGCUAUACCUGCUCCUGCACUGAAGGCUACUGGCUGUUAGAAGGCCAGUGUUUAGAUAUAGAUGAAUGUCGCUAUGGCUACUGCCAGCAGCUGUGUGCCAACGUGCCCGGUUCUUACUCCUGUACGUGCAACCCCGGCUUUACCCUUAACGACGACGGGAGAUCGUGCCAAGAUGUGAAUGAAUGUACAAGUGAAAACCCUUGCACUCAGACCUGUGUCAACACCUACGGCUCUUUCCUCUGCCGCUGUGAACCUGGCUAUGAACUGGAAGCUGAUGGAGUUAACUGCAGUGACAUGGACGAAUGCAGCUUCUCAGAGUUCCUCUGCCAGCACGAAUGUGUGAAUGGGCCUGGUUCUUACUACUGUACCUGUCCUUCGGGCUAUAAUUUGCUUGACGACAAUAGAAGCUGCCAAGAUAUCAAUGAAUGUGAAAUAAGAAACUUCACCUGCACUUCACAGCAAACAUGCUUCAAUAUCCCAGGAGAAUAUAAGUGUUUAGAUCCAGUACGAUGCGAGGAGCCUUAUCUCCAGAUUAAUGAGAACCGCUGCAUGUGUCCAGCUGAAAACCCUGGGUGCAGAGACCAGCCCUUCACCAUCCUGUACAGAGUGAUGGAUAUGGUGUCUGGGAGGUCUGUGCCUUCAGACAUUUUUCAGAUGCAAGCAACAACUCGCUACCCUGGAGCCUAUUACAUCUUCCAAAUCAAAUCAGGGAACGAGGGCAGGGAAUUCUACAUGCGGCAAACUGGACCAAUCAGUGCUACUCUGGUGAUGACCCGUCCCGUGAAGGGGCCCCGUACUAUUGAGUUGGACUUGGAAAUGAUCACUGUUAACACCGUCAUCAACUUCAGAGGAAGCUCUGUCAUCCGGCUGAGGAUAUUCGUAUCACAGUACUCCUUCUAAACCCCGAGUUUGUGCCCUGGAAACAUUCAGCCAAAAGAGACAGUUCCUCCUCUGCAGAACUCCCUCCUCAAAAGCCAGUACCUAUAGCAGCUCCAGAUCAAAUCACUAUUUCCACAGACCCGGUGACCUAUGCCUGUUUGAGCAGGGAGGCCUCUUCAUGCACAGUCACAACCAGGAUGCAAACAUCUGAAGAUACCAUAUGACUCUCUGUGUGGUCAUGUAUUUUAAGGACUCUUCUUCUCACUGUAAACACUUCUAGGGCAUGAGUCUAUGUGAAAGACUGUGAACCUCUGUAGCUCCAAAGCUGCUUAGCAGAAAGCACCAAAAAAACUGAGGAACAAGCUGGCUUUUGCAAUCCUGCCUUUUUAAAAUUUUUUUUCAUUAUAAAGGAAAAGCAGACAAAAAAGCAGAAACAAAAAAUCCACCUAUUGAAACAAGAGACCUCAGAAGUCCUAAUUUGCUUUUUCCCAGUUGUCUCUGGAAUUAUCAGUCAGGCACUUGGUUUCAAUUCACCCUGCAUUUGUCUUAGUUUCACCUGGUUUUUUUCAUUCUAUUUUAUAGUUAAAAUUCAUUGUAAAUUCAUUCCAAAAAACAUGUUGUACUAUGUAAUCUUUUGCUUUCUGACAAAGUGUCACAUGUUUGGGUUCCUUUCUGUAUUAAAUCUUUCUAUAUAACAGAGUUCAUAGAAAUCUAUCACUGGAUGGUGUGUUUUACAACAUUUAGGAUUUUAUCUUUGACAAGAUCUUUGACACAGGCCUCCACUGCCAGAACAGUGCCCAGCAUAAGUAGGGACUUUAGAGCAGAUAAGAAUCAGAAUCUUAUUUUUCCCUGUUUUCCUGAGUGUGAUAGUUGCAAACAUGGCCACAAGGUAGUAAUACUAACUCUUGUAGUUAUGGCUGCAAUAAUCUCCUGUUCAAAAACCACUCAGGUCAGACCUGUCCAAAUUCCAUCAGAAAAUAUGAAUUGUUUUUUCACAUCACCAACACUUCUAACAUGGGGGGAAAUAGGUGAAAAGAACUAGGACCAGUCUUAUUCAUGCUUCUACCACAAAGCAGACUGGAUAUACCAGUACCCCAAUCUCAAACAAUGGGAUCCCACAGUUUCCGCUGUAAUUUUCUUCUCAGGUAUAACUGCUGUAACAAAAAAAAGUUUCUUCUAAAGUCUAAUCUGAAUCUCCAUUGUAAUCUGUUGAUUUUUAGCCUACUUCCAGUAGAAAUUGAGAACAGUUUAUCUUCCUCUUUGCAGCAGUCUAACAUGUCUGAAGACUUUUGUCAUGUCUCCCCUCAGACUGUUCUUCCCUAGUCUAAACAAACCUAAUUCUUUUGGUCUUUCCUCAUACAUCACAUUUUCUGGACCUUUGAUCAUUCUUUUUGCUCUCAUCUGGAUUCUCUCCAGUUGGUUUACAUCUUUUUUUAAGCACAGUGCCCAAAACUGUGAAAAGUAUUCCAGCUGAGGCCUCUCAGUGCUAAGCUAAAUCUAUAUAUAUGUUUAAUAGUUUGAAAAAAAAUCUAAAAUUGUAUAGUUGAAAGGUAUAAUGCGUGUUGAAGCCACUGGCAUUUUGGUCUUUAAUUUUAAUAGGGAUAAGGGUUUAUGUGCCUUUUUCUUAAAUUUGUCUGAAACAAGCUCUUUUGCUUUGUUUUUUCCUUACUGGCUUAUUGGCUCUCUAGCAUUGCUAGGACAGGAAGGAAAACCUUUGCAUUGUCUUUUGAGAACUGGAAGUGCUCAGUGCUACUUGGGAGAAGGGGCUUACAAAGAUUGUAGUGUGCACAAUUAGGAGCAGAGUAGCAAUGUGAGGUCUUCAUUAAAGUGGAGUACUAAAUGGGAGAAUACAGACUUGGAAAGUUAUUACAACACAGACUGCAUGAUAGAAUCAGAAAAUUGACUCUUGUUCCUAGUAAGCUUUGUGAAUUGGUAGGGACUCUGCUCUUUUUCCUUGUACUCAGCUUGAAGGAAGCCUCGAUGCUCUCAGCAAUAAAACACUGAGUUUAGCAGCUUCCGUUUCUUAAUGGUUUAAAGGUUUUCUCUCUGCUGCUACAACAUCCUGGGAUGCUGUGGCUCAGAGCUCUGUCCUUUACUGUAAAAACAAAAAGGCUGGAAACAGACUCCAGGGUUUAGUGAGCCAAGCUGAAGGCAGAAAGCCAAUGAGUUUUAUGAGCAGCCGACUUGGAGGAGAUAAAUGCAGAGGAAAUGGGCGGCAGAGAAAUAUCAGAAACAAUAAUUUGUUUUCUGAGUGUAUCAUGGCUCAUCAAGUACCACAGUCUUGGAGGGAAAAUACAGAUGAUCAGGAAGGAAGAAUGAUAAUUGAUAACCAUGGAACUAAAAGUGCUCACGUUCCAGAUGAUGGAAAUAAAACACAGGAAACAUGCAGGCUUUGGUGGACCAGAUAGCAGCUGAGGGGCAGGCAGGGUCUUUCACUGAAGAUGUCCAACUCUUAAAAUGCUGACAGCUUUCCCAAUGCUUAAAAUCCCCUCUUCCCCCCUUUUUGUGCCCCUAUGUUAUGGCUCCUUCAUGCCCAGUUGAGGAGUCCUCUCUUCCUGCCACCACAUCACCUCCUGGAGUAGAAGUGCAUCCUGUCAGACAUCAGACAGCUUGUCACUUCUGGCCUGUGCUCCCAUGGCCCCCACAUACCAACCUGACUUAACCCUAAUUUAGAAACAUCAAAACCCAGAGGAAUUCCAUAACAAACACUUUGUUAAAAGAGUAAAGCUUGAGUGCUUGGUUUUAGCAGAGUCCAGCAUAUACUCAUAAAACAAUAUUGCACUUUCUAUAUAAACAUUCUGCGCCUUAAAAAAAAAGUGAAAAGUCUGGAAACAAAGGAAUUCAGCCACUUCUCAGCAGCCAUAACAUCUUUCAUCACUCACUAUCACUCCAGCCAACUUAAACUUUGCCAAAAUAUAUGCCAAUCUCAAAAUAAUAAAUUACUAGCAGUUAUAACAUUUAAACUCUAUAUUUCCUAGUCAGGGGUCUGUUUUCAAUAGAGCAUUGCAGACUCAAAUAUUACAGCAAUUCUCACCAAAUAAAAAAAGAAGACUAUGCAUAUCAGGUUUUUACAGCAUGAAAGUUAAAAAUGUAAACAUGCAACUGCUGCAUAUAUUCGUGUUCUUCUUUGAGGACAUGACUCCUCAAAAGCAGACAGAAUUCCAGGUCUGCUCAGAAAAUGAUUCUUUAUUCUAAGCCACUGCCAACGAUUUUCUAACAUGAAGCAUUUUGCCAUAUGGUUAAUGGCCAGUAUUCUGACCAGCACCAAUGGAGGGCACAGACCCUGCGCUGGGUGUGUGUGGUUUCCCUCUGGCUCUGCUUGCUCAGGUUGGCAGAGCUGUUCCCUUGCCAAGCAGGGAAGAGACAGCUCUUUGCCUCUCCUGCCUGUCAGCUGUCAUGUCUGUUUGAACAUUGGUCCACAGCAGAAAAACUGACCUCCACUAUGUGUUUGUACAGCAUCUAUUGCCAGUGCAAUAACUGGAAUAAAGGUAAAAGAAAGCAGAUAUGGCAGUGAUCUUUGAUACAGACCACAGUAAUUGGGAAGGAAAAGCUAUUCUGAUAAAUGAACAAACUGAUUCAUGCUAGUUGGGUUAGGUGCCAGAGGGUUCUAUCAUCUGGCUUAUUUGACUUUGAGAUAUUUUUAGGGAAUUGACUUUUUUGACACAGACAACAAAAUGUUAUUUCUCCCAAGAGUUUCCUGGAUCCCACAGAAUCAUUUUUCUGAUUGGUGAUCAGGAAAUCUUGGUGAUUUUCUCUGACUACAAUAACUUUGUAAAAAAUAACUCAGCCUCUUUUGAGAACUUUGUCACCCACCAUCACUCAAUGUACUGUCCAGAGUCAUUCAUAUGAGCUCUGCUCUUCAGCUAGGGGCCUGUGUUCAUAUUUACUUUUUUUUUUAACUUGGCCUUCAGAGGAGCCAACUUUUAUUGUCUCAUUAACAUGGUAUCAGCAUCAGCAGAACUUUCAUAUUACUUUUUCUCUGUCUAGUGCUGACAGAACAAUAUAAUCAAUACUGUUUGUGUUCAUGCAAGUUCUCCCAUCUGGCUUAUUCACAGAAUACUACUGAACAUCUUCCACAGCAUGUAGCUGUAUUAGAGCACUAGGAAAAUCUUAUAACAUGAAGAUGUUUAAAAAAAAAAAAAAAAAAAAGAAUAAAAGUAUGUCCUAAUGUUAUUCAGUUUUGACAGGCAUUAUUGUCAAAAUAAAUCUCUAUCCUGGAUGGACAAAACUCUCAGCCAGUGUUAAUCUGCAUGACUGAUGCUUUUCAGUGAAAAGGUAACAAGUGUCCUUAAAAUUUUCCCUGUGUAUGAGCAAAGCACUGCACAUGUAUCUGUAGAUAAGAGAAUUUACAGAAGCUACAGAAGUGGUAGUGUGGCUCUGCAUUUGGAAGUCAAAGAGCUGAAAGACAGCAUGGCACAAGCAAAUUCUGUUUCCUCAUCUGACACAAGUCCAGACAAGUGAUUUACACCUGUUACCUUUUGUUGUUUUAAGUCUUUGAACCAAUUUUGAAUAGCUCAACCCCAAAGCAGGUGCCAUGCAGGAGGACUGAGGGUGAUGGCCAUAACUAGACUUCUGGAGAUCCUGCAGAAAGCCUGCCUCAUAAAGGUGACAUGUGCCUCAGGGAGUGUAACAGUCCAGCAGUGUUUGUGUGGGGCUCUCAGUGGCCGCUAUCUGCACCUGCCCCUUUCCUCACCUGUUUCAGUGCAGAGUGUAACUGAAGUUUUCAACUGUGCACAUCAGCUGUGGAAAUCUCACCUAUUCCCAUUCUUAGCUCAAACUUCUGAGAUCCCUCUAGAGGUUUGCAAACUGGUCCCCUUGGGUAACUCAACUAAUACUGGUGAAGCCACGUGAGGGGGAGUUUGGGUACAAGUUUUACACCAGGAAGUAAAUACUGAUGCAGUAACCUCAGUGUAAGAAUUGAGGAAUGCAUCUGAGUAGCAAAGGGAUCUAUAGGAAACACUAAAGCCAUCAAGAACUCCUGAAAUAUUCAAUCUCUUUCAAUUCCCUUUCCCAUAUUCCAGAUGUCACUCAUUUUCUCUUUGUGGUUUGUCCUGGACAAAUGAUCUCAUUAUGGUCAUGCACUGCAAGCCGGUCAUGUUGAGUGAACUCCACUUCUUCUCUGGCACUACCUAACACUUGCUUUUUGGAGAUCAGGUAUAGUCUAUUUGUCUUUUCUAGGGCCUGACUGAUCUCAAUUGCUCUUCUCAUAUCCAGGGCAGAUCCAUUACUUUCCUAUCAUCUUCUUCUGCAUCCAUCACCCGUGCAAGUUUUCCAUGUGUUUCGCUGGAGAUGCGGGCACUGCCGUGUUCUAAGCACUCUUACUUCAAAGUAUGAGCUGUGAAUGGCUGAAGGGGUUGCCCAUCCUGCUGGUAGAGCCUGGCCUCAUGAACAGGAUUUUAAAAACCCCAUGUUUUGAAGGUGAAAGAUGCUCUUCUAGGUCCCAAUUGUUUCUGGAAAUAGCAUCUGUUAUCAUCUUGGCUUGAUAGUCUCAAGGCUUUUUAAGAAGUCUGAUGAGGACAUGCUUAUGCAAUACAUUCUUAGGCUUUAUAAACCUUGGAUGAGGUUUUUCCAAUUUGCAAACACAGUAUGUGGCCCAAGUCAGAGAGUUCAAUGUGAUCAUCACUAUGCUGAAGUCAGUGAUCAACUCACCUCAGGUCUGGAUUUAGCCCAGUUUUAUUUUAAGUCUCAAAUCUCAGUGUCAGUGGUAUAAAUGUAAGCAGAUAUGUAUUAUUUUUAGAGCAGAGCUGUAAGCUUCUUUCCUGUAAAUAAAUAAUAGUAUGAUUGCAGUAUCUCUUUGUGGGCACUAUCUUUGGGUUCUUUGAGAUUUCCUGAGAUAACCUUUAACAUUUCAAAAUUUCUUCUGGUAUUUCAAGACAUUCAUUGAUGUGUUUCCAUGAAUGAUUCCUCACUCCUGCUCUUCAAAGGCCAGUCUAGGCACUAUAUUCUGUUCUGUUAAUACAUCAAACUACACCCAAGCCUCUGCAUAGUCACAUCAUUCAUAGGAAUUGUUCCUCUCUGUAACCUGUGAGGAAUUAUGUUGACUUCCUUGAGAUUCUACAGUGUUCCAUGCAUGUGUUUGUCCAGACUGGGACCUAGUCUAGAGAUUGUUCAUCAGCAAUUUUCUGCACGUUCUCCAACCAACAUGUGAAACUACGGUUACAAAGGUUAGUUUUUGACAAAAAUCUCCAAAGCAUGGCAUUUCUUGGCUGCCUACACAUAACGCAAACACAAUUCAAAAAUCCAGACUAGAGUUCUCCAGUCUUCAUGAGAAAAUCUUGUUUUUCAGAAACAUUUUAAUCAGUAAAAUUGCUUUGUAGAUUAUGUGAAAUGCAAACAAAAAGGAAGAAGAACUGCCAAGAUUACACAGAUUUGUUAUUAAAAUCAGUAUCCCCAAGAAUACUGGAAUACAAUUAAUAAUUUAAAAAUAUUCCUUUGGACCCUGACAUCUGAUGCCAUUCAAAUAGGGCAGGGGAAGAGAAAAACUGACUGCUUCCAAAACAGCAGCAGCUGCUCGACAGAGAUCCCUGGGCUCAUGCAGUGACCAGAAGCUAGCCCAAGUCUACACACCAGGUCAGUGAGGAAGAAACAAAGCUCAUAGAGACAUAGAGCUGAAGGAGGGGUAAUUUCACUGACCUCUGAAUGAUAUCAAGUGGAAAUUUACAUCAUAAUGUCUAUAAAAUUUAUACAUCUGUAUAAAUGGAAAUUUUAAAAUUACCAAAAUUAAAAGGACCAAGCUGUUACCUACCACACACAUACUACAUGCAGGGAGUUUUAGUAUAUCCCUCUGCCUUUCCUCAGGGUUGUGCUCACUUGGAAUUACCAGUCUGAUUUUGUUCAAGUUAACAAUGGCGUGACAGCAUUUGGUUCACAGCAUUGUAGUCAUACCCAUGGAUGCAAGAGAAUUACAGAGGGAUGCAACUACAAGUGAACCAGAAAUUUAAUAAAAAAGAGCUUGCUGAUUAGUUAACCUUCAGUGCUUUGGUUAUGAUGUCAUUGACAUGGACAAAAAUAUUCAACCA